GAGUGUGACCCAAGGAGUUGUCGUCUGCUUAUUUGCGUUCUACCUAACAGUUGUCGAGAACAGCCACAUCUUCGUAGGUGGGUGGGUGUAGAGAUGUCACUGAAACUCGGGAACCUCUCCAUGCAGUAGCAGUUUUGUGAACAUUUCCUUCAAGUCCUGUCAUCUGCAAGUGAACUUUACGGUAUUAACAUUGACUUCGUGCACUUCUCAAUCUUUUGAGUGCCCGUUCACAUUUCACACGUGCUGUCAGGUGCUCAGAGGUGGGAUUUACAGCCUGACAGAAAAACGAGGAAUUUGUCCCUCUUCCGUUGGGUUGUUACUUGGAUGACAGACUGAGCAACUUGUUUGCAGGUGAAGACAAGUUAGUCAUCAUCACAACCAGCAGAAGAAACUGUGUGGAAAGUAGCACACGUAUCGUACAACCAGUGAAUGUACGACACCAUACAACACAUGAAUGUAUCGCACGAUACAACCAGUGAAUGUAUCUCUAAAGCAAUCGUGACACAACCACAGUUGUCCCAGUUCUUUCAGCUAGGCAAACAGUGACUAUAUUGGUGAAUCGGAUAUUCCACCAGCCCCCAAACCUCCUGUCAAGGGGUACGUGUGUUGAGCUGUCAUUCAGCUAUAUUUAAAGGACCUAUAGUAUAUCAGAGCUCUUGACUAUUCAUCAGGUCAGAGCUGAUAGGGUUUAUAGGUGUGACACAAUUCAUCCAGCUUGGAAUGCGUCUUUGGGCGAUGAUGAAUUAUUCAAUGACAGACCUGAUGUCUUGUCUCCUGUAAUUGCAACAAUUCUGACGGAUCACAGCGAGUACGACUUACAAGUGCCACACAACUUCUAAGUCAUCAGCAAUGGGGACCUGGCUUAAGAAACAUAAGUACAAGCUGAACCAUGACCUUGACAACAUGGACCGAAUCCUGCAAGGAAUCAUUUCCUCCAACCAUCCCGAGCGGAUGAAGAAAGAGCUUAUUGAUGCUGUGGCAGUGAAAGGACAGAAGCAGGCUCCAAGCGUGAUCUCCUGUGUGCUGGAGUUGGCAGCAGGAUGGACCCUCAAUGGAGAAUCGGAACUGGUGGUUACAUCAGGCUUCAAGGUCUACGUUGAAUGGGCCAAGACAAACAUGGCAUCAGCUGAAGCAUUCUUCAACAGGGAAUAUCUUGUCAACCUGCUUACUGAGAAGUACAGAAAUGAGGCCAAUGUCCCUUUUCUGCUGCAUGAAAACAUGAGGCUGCUGAAAGACACUGCAACAGCUCAGGCACAUUUCAAGGUCAUUGAAGCUAAGGCCAUCAGCUAUGUUCAGGAACACACAGACUUGAAAUGUCUGAAUAACUUUAUUGUGUUUCUGGAAGAUUUCAAGGAAUGCAUUCCGAAGGGGGACUUCACCAGUAAGUUCUGUGUCACCAUCCUUCAAGCAAUGAGUAUGGCAACCAUACCAGAAACAGGCCCAGAGAUGAUCACAUUUGUGAAAGAUGCAACACGAAUUGGUAAUUUCCUGCAUUAUAUCUGGUCCCAGAACAACAAGGACUGCAUCAUGGACUCCUUGAGGACCAUCUUCAACAUCAUAUCGACACCAGACGACUUGGACCCCUGCUUCUGCCUUGGUGCAGUCGUCAGCUUCAUCCCACUCGACAUGGCCAGCUCAGUGGUGAAGAAUGCUAUCAGUGAUCCAAUCAUUGAUGACUUCAGCAUGACUUCUGCUGUUCAGAGGAUGAUUGACUGGCUCACCUGGCCAACUGUAAAGAACAUCGACCAGUGGGUGAUCAUGUUCCUGAAAGAGUUGGCAGCAGCUAAGAAGUACACCAUUCUGAUAACUGUCACAGACAACAAGGUAGAACAGGUUGCUGAAAAGCUUCAGUAUGCUCCCCUUAGAGAAGCUAGCUACAACAUACUGGCUCACAUGCUGCUCAGUUUCCAGCAUGCUCCAGAACCAUUCCACAAGAUCCUGCCCAUGAUGCCAAGAAUUCUGCAGGCGAUGAAGCAAGACCUCAGUUCAGAGAGUCAGCACUUCUUCAUCCGCACAGUGGAGCUCCUCCACACACUCAUGCAGCUGCAUGCAGGCUUUCCUGACCUCUACGACCCAAUCCUUGACGCUGUGAAGGGUUACCCGAAGCCAUCAGGUGAGGCUGUGCGCAUCAUGUUGGAGGAGAAGAGAUGGAACACAGCUGGUGUCAGCGGACUCAGCCCCUCACUCAAGAUAUCUGAACGAUCUGACACGGGCAAGACUGGCCUGUUCAACCUCGGGAACACAUGCUACAUGAACAGCAUCCUUCAGGCUCUUUACAUCAGUGAUGAAUUUCGCCAGAAUGUGUUGAGUCACACGGCGUGUCAGGGGGAAACUCUGAUGGCCAAGCUGCAGCAAGUGUUUGCCUUCCUCUCUCUGUCUCAGCGACCAGCCUAUGCACCAAUGCAAUUCCUACAGGCGUCUCGGCCUCCCUGGUUUACACCUGGCUUCCAGCAGGACUGCUCCGAAUUUCUCAAGUUCCUCCUUGACCAGCUGCACGAGCAGCAGCUGAAGAUCAGCACAAUGAAGAUCCGGAAGAAGGAGGAGAAGACAUCCACUCUCAGCAAGAAGUUCAGCCGCAAAUCACAGAAGGUUAAGGAAGUGGCUGAAGAAAAAGAAGUAGAUCCAACAUUAGUGCAGAAUAUCUUUGGUGGAAAUAUGUGCACAACAUUUAAGUGUCUGAACUGUAAGAAUCAGUCAAGUAGGACAGAGAGUUUCACUGACAUACCUCUGGCUUUCCCAGAAUAUCCCCAGUCAAAACAGAAGUCUCUGGCAGGAGGGAAUUCAGCUGAUGCCCGUCUAAAUAAGGACACAAUAAGGGCAGAGCCAGAGGUUGAAUCCACAUCCUCCGACGGAAGUCUUACGAAUAUUCCUCAAGCUGGUCUGGAUCUCUCUGAUCUGGUAGAUCACUACCUUCAGCCAGAGAAGCUGAUUGGGGACAAUAAAUACUUCUGUGAGAAAUGCAGAGGUCUUCAAGAAGGCGAGAGGAGCAUAAGGAUCACAAAAUCCCCUGAAAACCUAAUUUUAACUCUGCUUCGUUUCUCAUAUGAUGCCAAGCUCCAGUCUCGGUCAAAAAUAUUCCGUGAAGUGAGAUACCCAAAGACAAUAGCUUUACCGAUUGAUAACUGUUGCGACUCAGAUGGCAGUUCUGAUCCUCAGCAGACAAAACGACAACGCACACUGCCAACAGUUAUUGAGCAGAAACUCUGCGGGAACAGGAAAACAGGGCAUAUGGCAAUCUAUGGAUUAACAGCUGUCAUUGUCCAUUCAGGGACAUCAUCAGAAUGCGGGCAUUAUUACUGCUACGCCAGACAUUCGCCCUUGAAAAGCAUGGACACAGUGUGUGAUGAAGUUCAGCUGGCAGGUGGAGAGGGAGACAUUGACUUUAUGCAGGAGAAAUGGUACCUGUGUAACGACAGUCGAGUGUCUUAUGCCAACUACAAUUCCUUCAGUACUGUGUCGAAGCGCUUCAUGAAGGACACACCCUAUGUUCUGAUGUACCGCCGGAUCGACAUGGAUGCUUCCAGCACCCAGGAGAGAGACUCCGACCUAGCCCUCAGUCCCCUGCAGCUGGACCCUCCCAUCAAACAGGACUUGAGAAUGGCGGUCUCCAAAGAUAAUCAGGCAUAUCUCCAGGAGCAGGAGACAGCAGCAAAAGCAAAGCAGGCCAAACGUGAGCGUACAAGCUCCACCAGCUCUGUCACUCUGUAUAACUGGAAGGACGAAGAACAGGACCCCCCAGACAAUUGUGGAGGCGGAGGCUUUGGCAGCUUAGAUACAUCAGGAUCAAGAUUUGUCUUUUAGUGUCUUCUCUGAUGUCUUCCCUAAUGAAGAAAGAGACUGUCAGGCAACUGUCAGUGACCUGGCAACAUCUUGAUAUGUCAUAUCAGCCGUGCUCCAAGAUGGCAGUAACUGCUACAUAUAUCACGCUUGUUUCCCAGUAGACAAUAGAAGAUGCAUCAGCAGUAUCAUCUUCAAGAUACGUUCUUCCAUGUAUAACAGUGUCAAGCUGUCCUGUAUAUUGAAGACAUGGGAAUUUUAAGAUCAUAGUGACAAAGUUUCCUUUCAUGGACAAUGCCAAGUUGUGCCUAUUGUGUACCAAGAAUAGUGCAUAUUCUCUUAACCUGGACUGUAAUGUCAAUUCAGGAUCGUGCUAUGAACACUGAACACAAUGAACACAGGUGCAAAUAACAGUACAGCUCACGCCGUUUGUGCUGGAGAAUGACUUCUACCUUGUCUGAGUUGAAUUCUGAGGAGGUGUUGCAAUAUUAGUUUCAGAGUUUAUUUCGUGGGUUUAUUCCUCAAGCAAUUUUAUCUGUAUGUUACAGUUUGGAAAGUUUUUGUUUUUCUAUGUUUUAGUUUGUAAAUAUGCAAAGAAUUGUAUCAGAUGUGCAAAAUUACUGCAGUUUCUUUAUGUUCAGUCGUAAGUGAAACUACUGAUGGAACGGAUUGUUGCUAUGAUUACAUGAGAUUAUCAUCCAUGAAACUUUGUGAUAGAUGGUGUAUAUACAAGAUGUCUAUAUGUUGUUUGUGGUAAAGUAUUCAUCAGAUUGCUCAAAUUCUAGAUGCCAGUGUUUCAAACAGAUUUAGGCUUGCAUGUUAUUUACGAAAAUAAUGUUUAUAGGUAAGUUAUAUGGGAAUGUAACUCUGUCUCAUGGAAUUUGCUGAGUGUCUCUUUUCACAGUUAAAUUUUGACAUUUAUUUUAGUAUAUUGGCCCUGGCAGCAUGAAGCAGGUAAAACCAGAGUUUGUUUUUGUUCCAAUUAUGAUUUGUAUAAUUUGUAUUUAAAAAUUUCUUUUGUGGACAUAAUGGAUCUCAAAAGUAUGAGAAGAGGGUGCCUAUCAAAAAAUUGCAAGAAUCUCUUUUUGAAACAGCAUUUUUUUUUCUCUCCCUAAUUACAGAUAUGUUACCUCAUUUCUUUUUUUGUAUGAAAUAAUCUUAAUCAAUCAUUGUCACAUUAUUGUAUAUAUGCAAUAUCGCCUAUGUUUGUAUUCAAAUAUUUCAUAUAUUAUAUACUUUUUGAAAAAAUAAGCUGUUUUAGCAGUAUAUGACAGGGUAAAUGUAUCUGAACAGCUGUUUAUGAAAAUAGGAUUUGAGAAAUCUUAACAGAUAUUACCCAUUUAGAUCACUGAAUUAUGAUAUUGUGUGCCUCUGUGAUACUUUAUUUGCAGAUAUUCCUCUCUUUUUUGUAAACGGACACAUACCUUGAUAAUACAUACCAAUACCAUGGUAGUCUUGCAGAUUACCUUUGAUUAUUAGACUGAUUAUGCAAUACCAUUUGGUUGUACAGUAUGUUAGUGACUGUCCUGCAAAUAUCGCAUCUUCAAAACUAUCUGCCAAGAUCUUAGUCUUGUGUGUUACAUUAAGUUGAUAAAGGUUUACCUCUACUAAAAUAUAUUAGACUGCCUAGGGAAGACAAUUAAAUUAGACUUCAUUAUAAACCAUUAUGUUGCUGGAAUACUAACCCUCAUGUCAAUGGAUAUUUUUGUCGCUGUGUCCAAACACAUAAUUUUUCAUUGUGCAAGUAGGGACAGAAAAUAAUGUAUGAUUUCAUGACAUUCUCUUUUACAAGAAAUCCAGCAUAUUCUGUCACAAUUUUAUGUUUGGGGGUAAAACAAGAAGUGUUCAAUUACAUAUCACAACGAUAUUUGUUUUUAAACAAAAUCCGAAGGUCGCCACCAGAAUCUAAAGGGUCAGUCCCUAGUACAGUAGAUGCAGAUGAUGACACACCUGCAAUCUGUAUCAUGAUAGAUCUUCCUUAUAUCCUUGUAACCUGCUCAUAUCACCCAUAUAAGCUAAGAACCAUGUAAAGUGUACACAUGUAUUGUACGAUGCAUAACCAGACAAUGGGCAACAUAAACUACAUGUACUUCACAGAUGUAUAGUCUCAGAUCAGCGAGUGUUCUUAAACUAUAGUAAAUACAGACAUAGUGAGGGUUUUGUUGCAUGAUUGAAGAAAAAAAACAUUUUGUGUUCUAUAUUGUUUUAUGGGAGUAAUUCUAAAAUAAAAUGUUUGCAAGAAAUGAUAAAUUCUGAACAUGGCUUACUGUGAAAUUCAACAUUUAUAUCAAACUUAUGCCAAUAACAAAUAUUUGCAUAGUUUCAUAACAAAGUGAUAAAACAUGUUACAAAUACCUUUUAUUUCCAUAAAUAUUUAUUACAAACAGUUCCAACUUAAAGCUAUUAUCAUAAAUCUUGCAUAUAAGCUUUAAAUGGGUAAAUAUAUGAUUAAACAGGUACACUUAUAUGCUACAAAUAUUUCAGAUACAAAACAUGCUGCUGCUAAGAGAUUAAACUAUAUGCAACAGAUGUACAAGAAACGGGAAUCAGUUACAUGAUUGUGUAUUACUGAGAAUAAAGAGAAUACUAAAAU